GAAACAAAAAACAUCAUGCGUACUUCCUACCGUUUUUACCUCUUUACUCUUUUGUUUUUAACAGUUCACUGCAGCGUGGAGCUGGCUUCCAAUUUUGGUAAUUGUUACAAAUCGCCAAAAAUACUUCAGGAAAGGCAAGGAAAUAUUCAUAGUUCCACCCGCCAUGGGCCUCCAGGUCCUUUAAACUGCAGCUGGAUAAUAACGUCCUCAGUGGGGGAACGUGUUAUUCUCAGUUUCUCUCAGUUUUCUGUUAGAUGUGGUCGAAACUGGGUAAGUGUGGCAACGCUCUCAGGCAGACCUGUGUCACUUUGUGGAUCCCAGCUGCCUAAACCGAUGGAGCUAUAUGGAGGAAACAUUACAGUGACGCACCAUUUUGUCCCACACUUCUAUUCAGUGGGAGGAUUCAGUCUGUCCUACAUUAAAGACUCUGGUCCCUGCUAUCCAGGGGAGUUUGAAUGCUACAGUGAGCGCUGUCUUCCUGACUCCUGGCGCUGUAAUGGCCAAGUGGAAUGUCUUGGGGAUGGCGAUGAACUUGGCUCAGAUGAGGACGACUGUGACUUCGUCGGCCUUCAACCUCAAUUGAACAAUGUGGGGUCCUCAGCCUUCCCAAUUGAAAUCACAGCCGGCACACCUGAAGUUUUUGACAGGCAGACGGACCGUCCACCUCACAGGGAGUCUGAGUUACCCAUUGUUUCCCAGGGAGGACCCUGCGGAGGAUAUCUGCGGGCCUUUUAUGGCACUUUUGUUCCCCCAGUGCUGACAGGACCCCCAGUGGAGUGUGUUUGGACGGUCGACCCACAGGACUCCCGGCCACUUAAACUAGAGCUGCAGCAGUUGGAAAUUGGAUCUGGAGACACCUUAAUCAUCACUGAUCAGACUACUGGGGCUGGGAAAGUCAUUAAAACUAUCACAAGUUCAUCCAAUGGCAAAGCAGUCGAGGUGGAGUCCCGCACUGGCUUGCUUUCAAUAACCUAUCGCACCCAGACGGACUCCCAGGGGCAUGGUUUCAACGCCACCUAUCGUGUUGCUGACUACUGUCUGCCUUGGGAAAGUCCCUGUAAGGGUUCAGAGGGCGGCUGCUACACAGCAAAACAGCGGUGUGAUGGCCAUUGGGACUGCAUGGAGACAGGUCUGGACGAGGAAGCUUGCGGAGGAUGCCCAGCCAAGUCGUUUCCCUGCGGGGCACUGUCCCUGCAGAGACCGGGGCACCUCAAUGGGAGGCCCGCCUGCUACUCCAUCAGUGAAAGGUGCAACUACCAGUUGUACUGUGCUGAUGGGAGUGACGAGAGAGAGUGCCACAUCUGUCAGCCUGGCACAUUCCAUUGCGACAGUGACAGGUGUGUGUUUGAGAGCUGGCGCUGUGAUGGGCAGGUUGACUGUAAGGAUGGCACUGAUGAACUGAACUGUACUGCGACACUGCCUCGUAAAGUCAUCACUGCAGCAACAGUGGGCAGCCUGGUGUGUGGUCUGCUUUUGGUUAUUGCGAUGGGCUGCACCUGCAAGCUCUAUUCACUUCGUACUCGUGAAUACAGCCUGUUUGCCCCGAUCAGUCGCCAAGAGGCAGAGUUUAUUCAGCAGCAGGCCCCGCCAUCCUAUGGUCAACUAAUUGCUCAGGGAAUUAUUCCUCCGGUAGAGGAUUUCCCUACUGAGAACCCUAAUGAGCCUACCUCCCUUUCUCUGAGGGGACUGCUUCAGCUUAUCAGACAGGAAAACAUCGCCUCACCACGGCGAAGGCGCAGGCCACGGUUUGUCCGCCGAGCAAUCCGCCGCUUGCGCAGAUGGGGUGUUAUUUCCAGACCAGCCUCUCGGUCCUCGCAGAACACAAGUUCCACCUCUCAGCAGACAGAGGCAACACCUGCUGGUCAGGAGCCCAGUCAGUCAGGUCCUGUAGACUCCUCAUCGGGCAGGGAACCCGGAGUUCAGGCUUUGCCUCAAAAAGUGGGUUUUUCCCAUCAGACAGAGCAGGAACAACAAGCAGAAGCUCUUCCUUCUUCUUCAACUCCACCCACAAGCCCUCCCUUUGUCCAGCCUCUCGAGGUUCCAGAAGCAUCACAUAUGCCACCUGUUGCUGUUACCCCCAGCAGCCCCUCCUUGGCCUCUAUCUUCCAUUCUCUUGGGCUGAGUAUUUCACGUUUCAGACCCUCGUCCAACCCCACCACUCGUCCUCUCUCGUCUUCCCCCUCUUUUUCCUCUUCCUCCUCCUCAGAAGAUGAGGUGCUGCUGAUCCCUCUUUCUGAAGACACAACCUCCGAGGAUGAUGUGCCCAUGCUGACCUGAAGUUAACUGUAUCUUUUUUUUUUUUUUGCUUUUCUUUUCCUUUCUCACUUUUUUUAUUUUAUUUCUAGUACUUUAAAUUAUGAUCUCAGCAUGCAGCAUCAUGUGCAGUCUGUGCUGGCACGGUGCCUUAUUUUAAAAGAAUAGAUUCAUUUUCUUAAUUUGAAAGGUGUCAGUUGUUGGAUGAAUGUGUGUGAAAGAUUGUGGUGUCUGUAUGUGAUGUGCACUUACUUAGAUUUUGUUUGCUGCAAGAAAAUUUGCACAGAGUAUCUUCCUUAGCCUUUAUUUUAAAGCUGCGUCAAAUCAGCGGUCAUACUAGAUGCAAACAAAAUCCACAUGGCAAAAAAGGCAAUUCAUUUUAAAGAAAGAAAACAUAGCAUUCACAAAAAAAUUGUAAAGAGUUUCUGGACUGCACAUUUUAAGUAGCUAUAACAUGAACUUUGCUGGAUUUAUUGCUUUUAAGAGCUUAAAUAUACACUGACCAGGCUUAACAUUAUGACCACUGACAGGUGAAGUGAAUAACACUAAUUAUCUCUUCUUUACAGCACCUGUUAGUGGGUGGGAUAUAUUAGGCAGCAAGUAAAUAUUUUAUCCUCAAAGUUGAUGUGCUAGAAGCAAAUAUGGGCGAGUGUAAGGAUUUGAGCGAGUUUGACAAGGGCCAAAUUAAGAUGGCUAGACGACUGGGUCAGAGCAUCUCCAAAACUGCUGCUCUUGUGGGGUGUUCCCGGUCUGCAGUGGUCAGUACCUAUCAAAAGUGGUCCAAGGAAGGAACAGUGGUACACCGGCAACGGGGUCAUGGGCGGCCAAGGUUCAUAGAUGCACGUGGGGAGAGAAGGCUGGCCUGUGUGGUCCGAUCCAACAGAUGAGCUACUGCAGCUCAAAUUGCUGAAGAAGUUAAUGCUGGUUCUGAUAGAAAGGUGUCAGAAUACACAGUGCACCACAGUUGCACGGCUGUUUUGGCAGCAAAAGGGGGACCAACACAAUAUUAUGAAAGGUGGUCAUAAUGUUAUGCCUAAUCGGUGUAUGUAUUUUUGAAACCUGAGAGCACCUGUCUGAAAGCUGGUUAAUACUGAAGCUGGUAUACAUUUUGACUUUAAGUCGAAAAUUUUGCGCCAAUGAAACAGUACGAUGCUGGCAUCCUCCCACAAUGUCAUUUUUCUGCUUGAAAAUGCCCCUAGAUAUGAGCCCUGAACCAACUUUGAUCCUGGUCAGGAUAGAACAGUUACUGAAAAUAAGUUCAUGUUUAAGAUAAAUAAAUGUAGUCAUGUUUGGAUUUAACGAUUUUAUUGAAAAUAAUAUUGUCCGUUUCCUCAAUCGUUUAUGAAACGCCAUUAGUGUGCUUUUAUUUCCAAAUGUUUGCAGAAUCCUUUUCUAAAUGUUCAAAUUGAAAGCAUGUUCAUGUUAUACCUACUUUUGCAGUGAAUCGUUUUCAUAUCGGAUCACCCAGUAGGACCAUUCGGUGUUUCUUGUGUGACCGCAGCUUUACCAUCUGUCAGUGUUUAUGCACAUGUGUAUUUUAUACCGCUAUACACAGAGCUUACAUGUGCAUAUUUCUCAAAGUGCCUUUGAUAGAUCUUCCGAUAGAUUACUAGACAUUGUGACUGUGUGUUCUUGCACAUAAAGGCCAAACACACACAGGCACAUUUUACACUUGUACAUUAUUUUUUACUUUUUUUAAUUCACCCAGGCUGUGUAUGUGUAGUGCAUGGCAAUCGUGGCAAUAAUUUUCAGGAGUGUGUAUGUGUGUGAGUGUGAGUGCAGUAAAAGACAAUCCUGUUGGUGUUCUUGGCAGUUCUACAUGAAUGGCAUCACAUGUUGCUCUGAUCGGUUUUACUUGUAGGUAUAGCUUUUGGCUCAGUGAAAAAUGACAAACAUUAGUGCCAUAAAUAUAAUCACCUUGUUGCAUCUGCUUUCAUGUGUGUCAUCUUUUUCUUCUGUUGACUUUGUUAUUAUUACAGAAUGUACUGAAAUGCCUAGCUGUAUCAUGUUUCUUGCCAGUGGUGAUUGCAAUAGUAAUAUGUGGUUUGGAAAAGAGAAAAAAAGAUUUUAUGAUGUAUGUCACUGUAUAUAUGCUGAAGAAGUCCACUAUGAUUAAAUCAUUUGCACUUUU